AUGCCAACGGAGCGCCGGAUCAAGACGCUGAAGCUGCGCGUCCGCAGCAUCCAAACGUCGUUCUCCCUCAUCAAGACGUUUACGGAGAACUACGACGCGGACACGGACGUCCAUCAAAUUCCAGUCCGGCUGGAAAAUCUGAGGACGUUAUGGACCGACUACAAUAGAACUCAGGCCGAGCUGGAAGCGGAAGCGGAAGACGAAGCGGUUAUCGAUGAGCUGUUUAAGCAGCGUUCCGAGUUUGAAUCCGCUUAUUAUAAGGUGAAAGGAUUCCUGCUCGCCAAAAAUAAAUCUCCUGCCGCACCGUGCGCCUCACCGAGUUCUCAUUCAGCUGCUCAAUUCCCUCAGUCCGCCUCUCACGUUCGACUCCCCGAUGUUAAACUGCCAGUGUUCAACGGAAACAUGGAAAACUGGUUAAAUUUCCAUGAUCUUUACAUCUCGUUGGUGCAUUCCUCGGCGGAGCUCUCUAACAUCCAAAAGUUUUAUUACUUGAGAUCCUCCCUCGCUGGCGAUGCCCUCAAACUCGUCCAAACUAUCCAGAUCAGCGCGAAUAACUACAUGGUUGCCUGGAAGCUGCUUGAGGAUCAUUACCAGAAUCCGGUGCGCCUGAAGCAAAACUACAUCGAUGCCCUGUUCGAGUUCUCCAACAUAAAGCGGGAAUCUGCAGCGGAGCUCCACUCUCUCGUGGAAAAGUUCGAGUCCAACGUGAAAAUCUUGCAGCAACUUGGUGAGCAAACUCAGUCUUGGGACCUCUUACUUGUCCGAAUGCUGAGCACUCGUCUGGAUCCCACAACUCGACGGGACUGGGAAGAACACGCCUCGACCCAGAAUCGCAUUUCAUUUCAAGACCUCACCACGUUCAUCCAGCGUCGUGUUAAUGUACUCCAAAGCCUCCAAGUCAAGACCAGCGAGAAUCCAGUUGUCAACACUGCGAAGAAGUCAAUCAACCGUCCGGUUGCGAGCCACGGAGCGACCCAGCUCAAUCCUAGAAAGUGUCUCCUGUGUAGCGACCACCACCCCCUAUACAUGUGUUCAUCCUUCUCGAACAUGACUGGAGAAGAGAAAGAAAGGGAAGUUCGACGUCUCCAACUGUGCCGAAACUGCCUGUGGAAGGGGCACUUGGCCAAAGAUUGUUCUUCAUCCAGUACCUGCCGAAAAUGCCGCAGCCGCCAUCACACUCAACUCUGCACCAGCGAUGGGUCAAAUAGUGGCAAGCCGAAGCCUUCUGAACCCUCUACUACCAAUCACUCGUCGUCAAAUUCAACAGAGCAGUCCUCUACACCAACCGUGUCCGCAUCGGCCAUCGAACCUACCAGCCACGCUUCAACCGGGAAAAGCAGUAGAAGCGUUCUUCUUGCAACGGCAGUGGUAAUCCUGAUCGACGACAACGGAGUGAAGCAUGCUGCAAGAGCCCUUUUGGAUUCUGGAAGCGAGUGUUGUUUCAUUACGGAAGCUUUGUCCCAAUCGUUGAUGGUUCGCAGGAAGAAAAUCUCCCUCCCAAUUGCGGGGAUCGGCCGGUCGUCAACCCAAGCUCGCCAAUUGCUCACUUCGACCAUUCGCUCUCGCACCUCAGAUUUCACCGCAAGCGUGGAAUUCCUUGUCCUUCCCAAGCUCACCGUCGACCUACCUUCCGCUUCGAUUGACAUCACUUCCUGGAAAAUACCAUCGAAUAUCGAGCUUGCUGAUCCUGCGUUUCAUCAGGCCAACCCGGUCGACCUUAUUUUGGGUGCUGAAGUGUUCUUUGACAUCUUCAAACCAACAGGCAGGAUUCAACUGGGCGAAUCUCUUCCAAUCCUCGUUAAUUCCACACUCGGUUGGGUGAUGACGGGCCGCACCGUUCAAUGUCAUCCAAUCUCUCCCGUCGUCGCAAAUGUAGCUACCAUGGCAACCUUACCUGAACUGAUGGAACGAUUCUGGACUUUGGAAGAAGAUGAAUCUGCACCAAACUACUCCGUGGAGGAAGCGGCCUGUGAGCAGCACUUCAAGCAAUCAGUCGCUCGCAACUCCGAAGGGCGCUAUAUUGUGCGCCUCCCAUUGAAGCAGAACGUGCUGGCAAACCUAAGCGACAAUCGAGGUACAGCGGUACGGCGCUUUCAUCUGUUGGAACGUCGAUUAGCUCGAAAUGAUGAGUUGCGCAGACAAUACUCGGAUUUUAUGGAUGAAUACCUCAACCUCGGCCACAUGGAACGUGUGACGAAUCCCGAUGAUGCAUCGAUACCCUCCUUCCAUCUUCCUCAUCACGCUGUGAUUCGGGAGGACAGCUCGACUACGAAGGUCCGAGUUGUUUUUGAUGCAUCGUGCAAAUCAGCGACGGGGCCAUCCCUAAACGACGCUCAAAUGGUUGGCCCAAUCGUCCAGGAAGAUUUGAGAUCCAUCAUCAUGCGUUCACGGAAGCAUCCCGUCAUGCUCAUAGCGGAUAUCAAACAGAUGUACCGUCAGGUUCUGGUGGACGAGCAGGACACACCUCUUCAACGUAUAGUCUGGCGUUCUUCACCCGAUUCACCCCUCAGCACAUUCGAGCUGAAAACGGUAACGUAUGGCACGGCUAGUGCCCCGUUCCUCGCUACGCGGGUACUGAAACAGUUGGCAGAGGACGAGCGAAACAACUUUCCCGAGGCUGCAGAAGUUCUCGAAAUGGAUUUCUAUGUGGACGACUUAUUCUCCGGUGCAUCUAGCGUUUCUACUGCUACAAAACUGCGAAUGCAAUUGGAUUCAUUGCUGGCUAGGGGUGGAUUCGAGUUGCGCAAGUGGGCCUCGAACGAAGAGGCCGUGCUCGAAGGUGUACCCCAGGAGAAUCGUGCCCUAUUGCCAUCCACUAAUCUUCUUCGUGACCAUCAGUGCAUCAAGACACUGGGUGUACAUUGGGAACCGACAUCAGACGUGUUUCGGUAUCGUAUACAGAUUCCUCUCCCCGACACCAAUUCGCCACUCACCAAACGGAUUGUACUGUCUCUCAUCGCCCAACUGUUUGACCCCCUCGGAUUAGUGGGCCCAAUCGUCACGACAGCAAAACUCUACAUGCAGACACUAUGGACCAUGAAGGACGAGAAUGGAAACAUUUGGGGGUGGGACCUUGAACUUCCGCCAGCUCUGAAGGAACGUUGGACCAUCUAUCAUUCUCAGCUUUCCCUCUUGAACAAGCUCCACAUUCCAAGGCACAUUCUCUGCUCCAAUCCAACGACGAUUCAGCUACAUUUUUUCUCGGAUGCUUCGCAGCACGCCUACGGUGCUUGCGCAUAUGUGCGAUCUACUAAUGGAGAGAGCAUCAAGGUGGCACUUUUAACAACGAAAUCCAAGGUCGCCCCUUGA